UUUUUUGUAACGGGUUUUGUGCCAGAUUUGUGUUAAUUUUAAUGUUAAUCACAUUUAAUAACAUUUCAUGGGUUGUAAUGUUAGUUAGUUAAAUAAGUUAAAUGAGUGGAGUGGAAAAUGAGUGGAAAAAGAGGGUGGAUUGGUUGGACUAUUAGUUAAAUAAAUCUGUGACUUAAGUAAUGACGAAGAAUUCAUCCAGUGACUUUUUAACCUUUCGUCAUGAAUUAUUGUUAGUUAGUUAAGUUAUUAAUCUACUUCUUAAAUGAAGAGUUACUUAAUUAAGUAAGACGUAUAUUGUGUUGGAUGUGCUGAUAACACAAAGAAAGCAAACAACAAGCAAGAUAAGCAAGAAAAUGUAUUUUGUACUUACUGUUGAUUCUUGAGUCUGGUAAACUUGAUUGUCAACUAACUCUAUUUUUGAGGGGUCUGUUUAUUACCAGUACUAACUAAAUUAGUACAAAAGAUAAGGUGGUCUUCUGUCCUCAUUGCAUGAAUUGAUCUCGAGAGAAGAAAAAAAUUUAUAAUGGAUCCUGAUUCUCCGCAGUAUUAUUACUAACUCACUUAUGAAAGACAAGCCAAAGACAUAUGUAGCUCCGUCCAAUCGAGAAGAACAGAAGACAAACCGGACUAUUUCAUUUAUUGUGCCAAAGAAAUAAUCAAAAAUAUUUAAGAAUUCUGAAUUUUUACGAUGAAUCCCAUCCCGAAGGAUCAACUCCUCUCCAAGCUGUUGGACGGGGUGAAAGGGUGUCAAAGUCGGUUUGGAUCUAGGACCGAAUUGGCCACGGAGGAUGAAGAAACCGUGCGUAAAUUGUGCAUCGCAUUCGAAGAUGUGUUCCUCCACGGGGCAAAACUUCCAGAAAAGGGGCGCAGCUUGUGGCAAAUGACGGAAAACUUUGUCCAAACCGGACUUCGCCUCCCCACCGAACAUCCCUCGUACUGGCCUUUGAUAAAGUCACAACUUUCAAAACACGACGCCGAGCGAUUCCUUCUCCUGCACAAUGUCCGCACAGAUCAUGGCCGAGCACGGGCCUGGUUACGCUCAUCGUUAAAUGAGCACUCGUUGGAACGCUACAUCUUAAUUAUCCUCUCGCUCGACACGCUGCCCAGUUAUUAUGAAACGUGGGCGUUUCUCCGAGAUCCCGAACUCUCCACGAUUCUACCCCAUACAGCGGCGGGUUUGGGAUCUGUACUAUUCGCUUUAGUCGUUGAUAACCCACUUUUAGAUUGUUGGGUUCGGCCUACAAUAUCCAAAGAAGACGCCGUCGCCAGUCCCGUCGAAGUGGCCGAAGUUGCUGAUCAAUUUCUCGCCGCGUUGAAAAAAGACCAAGCCGCCGCCGCUGACUGCUCCACCACCCCAAACCAAAGACGCCCCAAUCUCUCCCUUGGUAAAAAGAAGAAGAAGCCCCACGUCAACGUCGUCUCGUUCGAUGACGAUGGAAAUAAUGACGCCGCCACAAAAAAGAGCACAACCAGCACCACCCCUUCAAAAACUCACGACGACCGAAACUCCACAAGUCCCCCACAGCACCACAGUUCCAGCACGAGCACAGCUACCACCCCCACGCCUACGCCGACAACCCCAACCCCCCACAAAUUAGUGAACAGCGCCACCUCCCCAGUACAAAUUAUCGCCAGCAGAACGCCUUCCUCCGCUUCGACUUCUUGUGGACUUCAAUCUCAUCAAAACUACCUUGAAGACUCCUCCCUCCCCGAAAUCUCGGUGUAUUCCUCCUCCGUCAAAUCUGCCGAUUGCAUAUCGGUCAACUCCAUCUAUUCCGAUUGUUCGGAACGUGUCGAUCUCGAGAACGUAAUGACCAUGGGGGUUGGUGGUGACCUCAGUUUUGGCAAUAUCUCCCCCUCACAGCGAUUAAAACCUGUCCGAGACCGUGCCGGGACGAGUGGUCGGGAUGACGGAGGAAGUAGCAGCGGUGGUGGUGGUGGUACUGGCGGAACAGGAACCGAUUCCGACCCCAAUAACGACUCCUCCUCCCAAGACUUGAAUUUGAUCCCGGUCCCGAAUUUCGAUCCCGAAACGAGCAGAAGAGUCGCACCCGAGUUACAAAUCGAUUUGGACAUGUCCGCCGCCGCUGCGGAUUUGAGUCCCAGUCCGGGCGCGACAACGCCGAGUUACGCGUCCGAACCCGUCUCGUCGUCGCGAACUCAUCGUCACCACAGUGGAAAAGAUAUGAACAUGACGGCGAGCGAGAUCGAUGCGCGGAUUUCCACCGCGAGCGGCGCGGAUGAAGAACGCAUCAUAAAAUUGAAGGCUAUCUUGGACCGUGAAAUUGAAACCGUUGCCACACUCCAGGCUCAACUGGCUGAUGAAAAGAGGAAGUCGACCGACACCGUGAAAAUUCUGGAGGCUCGGGUCGAAUCUCUGGGAAACGAGAAUGAAAUUCUGAAGCAUCAACUGAAUAAGUAUAUCGGAGCGGUGCAGCUACUCAAAAAGGAACGGACGGGUCAAGGAGGGCGUGCCUUGGGGAGAAGGGGCAGCAGUUUUGAGGAGGAUGAUGAACAUAUUUUAGGAGGAGGAGGAGGUGGACAUAUCAUCAACGAAUCUCCCGCCGCCGCCGACAACGAGGGCGCCGAGUACGAGCGAAAACUCAUCCAAGUCGCAGAAAUGCAUGGCGAACUCAUGGAAUUUAACGCUCAUUUACAAACCUCCCUUCGCAAAAGGGACCUCGUCAUUCGUCGCUUGCGCGAAGAACUCGUCGACUUGCGGGGACCCCUGUCCGCCCCGUUGCUCGGCGGACCUGGCGACGACACCGGUUUCGACGACGGUUCUUGGGACAUCGUUGAUUCUGCCUCGGCGAAUUCGACGGAGGAGAGUUUGGGCGGAAACAGUGGUCUUUUGGGGAUCGGAAGUCCGCUUUCCUCCGCGGGGGGACAAAGGAGACAAAUUCAUCUCACGCAUAAUGAACGCGUCCUCAUCAAUAUCUGGAUCCCGUCGGCUUUUCUCACCGGAGCGAAUACCGAUCUCCACCACGUGUAUCAGGUAUUUAUCCGGAUAAAGGACACCGAGUGGAACGUGUACCGUCGCUACUCACAAUUUUACAGUUUACACCGCGAUUUGAAAAAGCGAGACUCCACCAUCGGCAGCUUUUACUUCCCACCAAAGAAACAUUUAGGCAACAAGGAUGGCAAAUUUGUGGACGAGAGGCGGCGAAAAUUGCAAGAAUACCUUCGUAAAGUGAUUAAUCAUACGCUCCAGUCAAACUCAAUUCUGGCCGCGCAUCCCGAUAAGAACUUGCUCAUCUCGAUAUUUCCAUUUUUUGGAGAGAGCACUUUCAUCCAUCAGAAGAAGAAGGAGCGGAGUCGCGCGUCGAGAAUGUUUUUCCGUCCGUCGUCAAGUUCAACAUCGUCAGCAUCGCAGCAGGUGUACAAUUCUCCGAGUGGGUUCCAAACCCAGUUGCAAUACCCGCAGUACACCGGGUUAUGAUUGUGGCUUUGGAGGUGGCACUUGAUGAAGACGACGGCCCGGAUGACGCUCUAAAUUGAUAUUGCGGAUUGUGAUAUAGCUUAAAUAUUUGGAUCGUAAUUAUCAUGCAGCCAGUACCUCAAAAAAGAAUGUGUAUGUAUGUACGUCACGUGACUAUUUUGAUGUUCCAGAAGUAAUGGGGGGUUAGUAAAUUAACGGUUUUAAAAUUUGGGUAAUUUUUCUGCUUGAGUUGGGUUAAAAUUUCCGGAGAGAAGGUGAAAAAUGUUCAGGCAGAAGUGAUUUCAAGAUCGUGUCCGGAAAUUUUUGGAAAUUUUGAAUCGAGUUAGGAAAAUUUUUAGAAGUUUUUACCCGAUUCAAGAGACAGGGAAAUUGACGGAAAUUUUGAACUGGCUCAAGACAGUGGGAAAUUUUUGUAAAUUUUGACCCGAUUCAAGAAAUAGGGAAGUUUUUAGAAAUUUUGACCCGGAAAGUUACAGAAAUUUUAAAAACGUAGAUUUGCUAACUCCCUAAUUUAUGCAUCCUUACUUAAAAAUAUUUAAUUAAUUUGGUGUACGUAACAAUUAACAAUGUGCUGCACGUCAAAUUAAUUUUAUUCCUGACUUGUAAAAGAUUUGUAAUAUUAUUUGUGAUCAAUGUAAUGUAUAAAUUUGAGGCAAAAUUGAUUUUUCUGUACAUUUUUGGAACGUAUAAAGAAGCAGAUGAAGAAGAAUAAAUAGUAAACAAAUAAAAAAAAACUUAAAGUUCACAAGGU